UGUGCGCAUGCGCAGUGAGAAGGGGGGCAGGACCAACUUUUCAACGAAAACAUCACCGUGGGAUCCGAUUAUGAAUAUUAAUGAGAUGGAAACCAUGGACACACCUGUUGUCACAUCAUUACCUCAGAGGGAUGAAAAUGAAAUGCAAACUGAACAUAUUAUAGACAGUAUCACAGAGGUGGAAGAUCUCAUUACUCUCCCAAGAAUAGAUAGAAGUAAAGAGACAAAGCUGAUAGACAAACUGUCAGAAAACAGUUCGAACCCUGAUGAUCUCCAUGUGGACAUGCAAAAAGAAGAGGAUGUUGUGUUUGAUGGAUCAGAAACUGUCAAUGCUUUGGAGGAUAACAGCCAUGAAGAUCCGGGUGAAUUUGUUGUGACCGUGUUAGCUCGAGGAAAUCUAGAAGAUCAGGACGUGGGCAAGAGAAUUUCUCCCCCUAUCUUAGAAACUCCCCUAGAGGCUUCUACUCACUGGGACGAGGAUGUGACUGCAGAGACCUGGAGACAGCACAGGAAGCAUGUGUUUGUUCUGAGUGAGGCUGGGAAGCCCAUCUACUCCCGCUAUGGCAGUGAAGAAGCCCUGUCCUCCACCAUGGGUGUCAUGAUGGCUCUGGUGUCCUUCAUUCAGAGUGGGGACAAUGUCAUUCGUUCUGUUUACUCAGAUGAGCAUACAGUGGUCUUCAUGCAGCAGGGGCCUCUGGUGCUUGUCUCUGUCUCUAGCACCCGUCAGUCUGAGCAGCAGCUACGCAAUGAACUGCUUUAUGUCUAUAACCAGAUUGUGAGCAUGCUCACCCAAGCCAGCAUCACCCGCAUCUUUGAGCACAAGAAGAACUAUGACUUGCGACGCUUGCUAGCUGGCUCAGAGAAGAUCCUAGAUGGUUUAUUAAACCUGGUUGACUUUGACCCUAGUUUCUUGCUCUCAGCUGUGCAUUGUCUACCUAUCGCCUCUUCAUUCAGGGACUCUCUUAGCCAGAUACUUCAGAAAGCCAUCACUCCCAACCUAGUAUUCUCUAUCCUCAUUGCUAAGAACCAACUGCUGACCAUUGCGCAGGAGAAGAUGGUGAUUGAGGAUGCAAAGCUGGACCCUGCUGACCUUCACCUGCUGCUGAACCUUAUUGGUGCCUCAUCCGCAUUCCAGUCUGGUGAGAUCUGGACCCCAAUCUGCCUCCCCAGCUUUAAUCCUGACUGUUAUUUUUACGCCUACAUAUCUUACCUGGACCAACCUGAGUGCACUGUGUGCCUGCUGCUGCUUUCCACAGACAAUGAGGCAUUUUAUGAAGUGUCAGCAUGCAAGAGAAAGAUUGAGGAAGCCAUGCAGGCCCAAAAUGCUCUGACCUCCAUUGCCAAAGCUCAGUCCUACAGCGUUAGUCAGGUGGGAGUGUCUGAUCUUCGGCAUUUUAUGUACAAGCCUUUUGAUGUUCCAGACAACCACCAUCAGCUGACACAGUUCACCAGCCCAGAGUUGGAAGCUCCUUACGAUAGUGAGGAGGAGAAGAUGAGGCUGCUGGACCUUUACAGAGAAAUGCAUGGCCGGAUACACAACUCCUCACGCCCUCUUAAACUCAUCUACCAUGUGGGGUUGCGAGAAACCCUGCUGGCUUGGGUCACAACCAAAUUUGAGCUGUAUACUUGCUUUAGCCCUCUUGUAACGAAGGCCUGUGCUAUUAAUGCUAUUACAAAACUUCUGCGGUGGGUGAAGAAGGAGGAAGACCGUCUCUUUAUACGAUAUCCCCCAAAGUACUCAACCACACCCAAUGCAAGCAAAAGCUGAGUGGUGCUCAAUAUGCUAAUAACAACAUCCUCGGUGUUAGAACUGACACUAAGAACUCCGAUGGAUAUGGAGCAUGCUGCACACUAUAUUCUGCACAAUACCUCAGCAGCACUGGAGUUUUACUUUAUUCAUUUUGUCCUAACUUAAUGUCUUUGAAUAAUGAAAAACACAUUUAUUGUAUUUUGUACAUAAAUGAUCAUGCAUCAAAUAACCGAGGCACUAGUUUCCAUAUUAUGCCUAUUUCAAAUGCUGAUGUCCCUUUAUUAGCACAGGGGAUGAUAAAAACAUUGUUUCCCGAUUAACAUCAUCUUAAUUUGAAUAUUUAAAUAGAGGCAGUGUGUAAUUCAAAGAUUUGCCCAAACAAUAUUUAUAUAUAUGUUUAUAUUCUCUUUUCUAUGUCAGUGUUCUGUAAAAUCGAGCUGUUUGACACUUGGCAAAUUCAAAAAUAAUAAUAAAAAAAAGAUAAUAAUUUUUAAAUUGACACCAAGAGGGCUUGUGCAAUAUCAGCAUCAACAAAUGACAAUAUUAUUGUCCCUAUAUGAUGUUAUAUUGACACAAAAUCUUAAAUAAUUUGUUUAUCACGGAGUAUAUUAUUUAUAAUACUUCACCUGCCAGCUGUUUUGUAGAUAAAAGGAAAUGGGCUUUAACUUAGGUGUCUAAUCAAACAAUAUACAAAUAGGAAUGAUCCCUUUUUGGCCUGUACUCUUUUGCUCAACAUUGAGCUGCAUAAACAUAGAAAGUAUGUAGGCCAUCUGGACAUUAAAAAAUUGGAUUACAUAGAAUUAUGUGGUAUUGUUGUGAGGUUUCUGUGAUUGCCACAGUUCCAAAUUUUAUAGCUGGUUAAAAUAUGCCUCCUCUAUCAUUGUGUUUUUAAGCUAAUGCUUCUGAAAGAUUAAUGUGUUUGUCAUACUAUAACUUGAAAAAUCACAAAUAUUAAAAAAACUGUUUUGUUUGCUUGGUUUUUUCCAGUCAGGAUACCAAGCCAAAUAGAAUUUUAUGGGGUAAAUAAAUAGAUCAAAGUUUCAUUUCUGUGCUUGUUGUAGCUUAUGUAUACGGGUAAAAGGCAUUAAAACUUAUUUUCUUAGCGCAAGCUUUUUAUUUAAUUUUUGUGUAACUGCAAUGGCCAUAAAAUGAAGGAGUGAGUUUAUAUAAAAACUAAUGUGAUUAUUUAUUUUGGACAUGCAAGACUCUGAUAUUAGUUUGCUCAGCAACAUAUGAAAAUUUAAUUCAAAUUACCAGAAAAAAAUAUAUUAUUUUAGGCAAAGUUUGAUCAGCACAUGACAUAUCCAGCUUCUAAAAAUUACAUGAAGGUGCUCAGAUUAAAAUUAUUUAUUAAUAAAGUGACGAGUGAUUUAUGAGCAGACAUCAACUUUGUUCUUCCAAUCAAACAAGAAACAUGCUAUAUUAAAUUUACAUUGUGUAAUAUUAAAAUUAUGUAGUGCUUAAAAACUCACUAGGUUUAUGAAACAGCUUAAAUACUUUUAAAAGUACCAUUGCACUCAUGUCAUACCUUACACUUUUUUUUUUAUUUGUCUGUUUUCCCAUUAUCAAAUUACUUACAUUUAUUUCAGAUAUUUUUGUAAAUGUACUCCUUGAAGACUGCCUUGCAACAAAUUUCAUUUUCUUGUUAAAUUAUCUUGUACUGUAAAAUUAAGGUAUCUGGGUUUUCAUUUAUUUAAUUUUUUAUUACGGUAUCUAGUCUUAGAAUUUGCUGGUGUGUAUUAUGUCAUUGUAUCACUUUUUAGUGUGAUCUCAUUUAACUGGCAUGUAAAAACAGUGACAUUUGUGUUUUGGUUGUGUUGUGUUUUUUUGGAACAGGAGAAAAUCAGAAGAUGGUGGUACUCAAGUAAAUGUUCAGAUACAGUAAUAUUUCCUUUUUUUUUUCAUUGUUUGGUCACAUGGCUUGCCACAAAACAAUGAUUUGACUGUUAAGGAUAGCUAAAUGAAUAAUACAUUUCAAUUUCAAAUUUGCAUCUUAAUACAUUUGCUCAAAACCAUAUAGUGAAGACAUUGUGUAACAACAUUGUUCAGUUUCCAUGAGUUGUGGCAUUUUCUUAAAAAAAAACA